CUCGUUUGCUUUUAUAUCAGUGGGAAUACUGGGAGCUGCUGCCAUGAAAGAACAAUCGUGCCAACUUUUGUUAACGAUCUUCGCCUUCUGCACAAUUGCAGGCUUUGUUAGUUGCGACGUAGAAAUUGAAUACAAUUUCAAGGAAUAUUUGCCUCCGUUGUGGGAAGAGCACGUCAACGUGCUGAGCAAACUGUGCAGCUGCAACGUAGAAAAGGAAAAAUUAGCCUCACAAAAGAGGGAAUGCGAUCAGAGUAAUAAGCAUUUAAAGGAGUUAUACGAACGCGAAAAGGAAUUGACUGAACGUGACAAUAAAUCGUGUUUCAACGAACUGAAUUUCAACAAACAGAUUUGUGACUUAAAAAUCAAUGGGCUUGAAUUACACCAUGAAAGAAAACUUCGAAUUGAUAAACAAAAUUUAUUGUCGCUCAGUACUGGUUGGUACUUGUUGAGUCCACCAAAUAAAUUAGCCAACUGGUUUGAGGCCGCGAGAGCUUGCAAAGAGUAUGGCAUGGAGCUUGUCAGCAUUGAGACUAAAGAGGAAAAUGACGCCCUUCUUAAAGUAAUAGGUAUUGAAAACUUUUGGAUUUCGGGGGUCGACCUGGGCUCUGAAGGUCAUUUUUACUGGGCAAGUACUGGAAAGGAAAUCGGUCCUUUUACAUAUUUUCUCAAGGACCAGCCGGACAACAUGGGGGGUGAUGAAAACUUUUUGCAUUUCUGGAGUAGAGGAAAAACUGAGCCAUUCAUGUGGAACGAUAGUAAGUACACGUGGAAAAUGAGGUUUAUUUGUGAGUUGCAGAAUUAAGUGAUGUGGAAUUUUAAAUUAAUAUCUAGUUUCCCACAGUUUUUCAUAUUUAAAUCUAAAACUUUCUUUUUAUUUCUAAUUUUCAAUGUCAGCAAAAAUAAAAUUAAUUAUUGUAAUAAAAAUUAUGUAUUUUUUAAGAGGUUUUUUCAUCCACGUAAAAACCUCUUAAAAAUUAACCCCUGAAACUGCUUUACACUUUACAACACAAACAAAACACUACUCUACACUAAUUUUAACAGAAAAAAACACACGCACACUAACAAUUAUC